GCGCUGAAGGCCCGGGGCGAGGUCGGCGAGGCGGCCCAGGCCCAGGCGGCCAGCGAAGCUGAAGGAGAAAGGAGAAGCCAAGAGAGCUCGCCUUUGAAUUCGAUUGCGGAUAUGUGCAGCGGCUCUGGCAUCCACAAUGUGCAGAUCGAAAGGGCGCUGAAGUAUCUGGCCUGCUGGCUGGAUGAGUCAUGUGUUUCGCAGCACUAUGACGUGGCAUACUACUACCGGCUUCCCAUGGCGUUCAUCGAAGCAGGACGCGAAGCUGAGGCACAAAAAGCGCUGGACAUUGCUUCUCAGUUCGUGCUGGCCAACAAAGCAAGUUCUCAAAGGCUUUCUUCAGCCUACCCGCAGUAUCCCUUAGUCUGGAUUUGCGAAGCUGCUGGCCGGUUGGGGCGCAAUGAGCUUGCACGGAGAUGUGUCGAAGAUAUCUUCAGAUACAGGCACCCCCUGACCAACAGUGGCUUAGUGUCCGAGUACACCUGGAAUGGAGCCUACGAGGCGGACUUCUUCGCCACUGCCGUGGUUGCAAAGGCAGCCGUUCUCAGUGGUCAUGAAGCUGUCGCAAAGGCGGCAGCAGACUCGCUGCUGCGUGCUGUCGACGCCAACAGGAGACAUAUGGCAGCAGGGCGCUUCUUUCUGCGCUGGACAUGGGCAGAUGGAUUUCUGGAGCGAGCCGACGACCCGCUAUACUGUGUGAGCACACUGGGGGAGAAACAGCUGUACUUCUUGCUCGGUUUACCGUCAGUCGUGCUGUUGGAGGUGGCAGCCUCAUUCAGGAGCAUCGCUGACUCGGCCAAGAAGCAGUACCAGACGGUGGCUCACGAGCUGUUGCAGUACCUCAAAGGUUGCAAGCACUUGUUCUCAGCUUCCACAUCCUACACCUGUGCGACAGCUGCAGCCAUGCUUGGUGACCGAGAGAGCACUGAGCGCAUGAGGAGCAGAAUGAUCGCACUCCAACUGGGCGACGGCAGUUUUCAAUGUGAGACCUCCGAACUUGACACCGUGCAGCAUACAGCAGAAAUCAGCCUGGGCCUUGGUCGCAGUAUUGCAAUUGCUGGCGUGUCCUGCGAGAAAUCCCGAGAGGGCCAGCGCCGGCACCGGCGGCCCAGCCCUCCGAAGAAGGAGCCAGAGAAGUCGACUGCGGCAGAGAGGCACGCUGCGAGUUCCAAGUUCUCACACUCUCCACACCGACCUGGUGUGCGCGCUGUGGUGGCUUCUUGUGGGGGCUCAGAGACCAGGGCUCCAGCUGCAGCCGUUGUGGUCAAAUCGUUUGUGGCAGCUGCAUCGCUUCCUCAGGCAGUUGCAAAGGAGCUGUGCGCUUGUGAGCACGCUGCGGCGUCCACUCCGCGCGUGACCGGUGAUGUGAUGUGGCAUUGUUGCUUGAAGCCCGUCAUGCAGCUGAAGGAUCGCCUGGAAUUCUACAGAGGGAGAGACAUUGUGUCGGACGACGACGAGCCAGAUGUGAGCGCUUUGAUAGACGACAUCGAAGACUUGGAGGUCAAGCAGGAUGUCCUGGCCGUGCGUCUCGCAGACCCGUCGAGGAUUCUCGAGUUGGUCUCACCUCAGGGCAAGACAAUGGAGGAGUGGUACCGCGAGCUCCAGCAUGUUUUCGAUGAGACUGCCUCCUCCCAAGCAGCCGACGAGGACCCGAAAGCAAUCGUCUCAGCGGAUGAGACCACUACCAACAUUGCGAAAGAGCUGCUGCAAGUUGUGAAGACGGUGAACAUCAUGUUCAAGACCGAGCGCACGCUGAACGGACACAAGGUUCAAAAUGCGUCUGACCUUCACACGGCACUUCGACAGGACGCGCAGCACGUCAAGCCGGAGGAUUUAGCCAAUGCCUUGAAGGACUUGAGCAUCGGCCUCACAGAAGCUCAAACUGAGUACUUCACGCUCUCAAUGGACCUAAAUGAGGAUGGCGGUAUCGCACAAGACGAGUUGCUCAAGGCAAGUGUGCCCUUCACCAUCGGCACAUGCGAGGCAGCUGAAGUCGAAACUGUGGUCGUGCAGCUGAUGCACAUUGAGGUGCUGUUGUACCAGCGUGUGCUGGCAGUGCUGGCGGCAUGUGGAAGCCAUCCUUCCGACCUGGGGGCAGAUGGUAAGGAAGGUCGCGACAGUGGGGAAGGCCAGCUCGAGGGCGAGCACCGUCUCCUGGCCCACUGCACGGGAGGGGCGAAACAUGGCUCUCCACAGGAACUCUUCCUCGUCCUGGAUAACCUGGUGAUUCGACUUCACUUUGGAAUGAGCGGUGGUGCAGUGCAGGACAUGAGGCAAGCAGAGUUCAUCGACGGCCUCGGUCCACAGGAGUCGAAUUCCAGUUCUCGAACGGGCGUGGGGAGGCUCGUGCUGCGUGAUGCCACAGCCAGAGUUACGACAUUUGCCUACCUCGCAAACUGCGAAGCACGAAGGCCUUUCGACAUUCUCAAUCCCAGUUUCGAUUGGGAGGGUGCCAUCAAGCGACUAAAAGAAGCUGCCGCGGACCGGAAAGUCUGCGACUUGGUCAUGGAUCAGCUUCUUCUUCCUGGAGUUGGAAACGUGAUCAAGGUGGAGGGCCUUUUCGCAGCAAGGGUACAUCCUCUCACUCCUGGGAAAGCGCUGAGCGACAGCUGCUGGUGGGCUCUUCUGCGGGGCCUGCGUGACUGUGCGCUGCAGUGGUACUCUGCGCUCAAAGGACGAGGCAAGCUGUUCAAGGUAUGCUACGGAAGGAAGACAUGCUCGCAUUGCCGAUCGCAGGUGGUACUGAUGCGGGAAGGUGCUCUUCGCCGCAUCAGCUACUAUUGUCCGACUUGCCAAGUUGGCGACAGCAACCGCUGCGUGCAGUGCGAUCCAAAUUCUGCACUUAAUCCUGGCUGUCGUCAAGGAGAGCCAGGUGCCAAGAGAUCUCAGACAGACUGUGCAGUGCGGGAGCUGGUGCGACCACAGUGUUCCUGCCGGCAAGCUUGCGAGCUGAAACAGACCUUCAAACCUGGGCCAAACCGUGAGCGGCAUUUCUUCACCUGUGCAAAGCAGCGUUGCCGCACCUUCCAAUGGCUAGAUGCACAACUUCCGACCUGCGCUCACGGGCGCACGAAGAUGCGUCAAGUCCUGAAGCUGGGUGCCAACAACGGACGGUUCUUCGCAGCCUGCCCGUUGCGAUGCGGCUGCGACUUCUUCCAGUGGCUCAGAUGGAAGGAGUCUGAGAUUCCUCAGCAUGAACAUGGAGUUCAAAGUCGACUCACUGCGAGCUUGACCAGAGACGAGCGAACGGCAACGUUUUGUGGAACUGGCACGCUCUUCAGCAGGUGCAGCCGCUUGCAGGUCUCGAGCUGCAAACGAGGUGGAGCAUCGCGAAAGCGCACCAUCGCGAAGCGUCAGAUCUCCGCAGAACCUUCCAAAAUCAUUCCUGCCAAGCGCCGACGAUCCAUCAGGCAAGCGCAGCCCACAGUAGCAUCAAUGCUCGCGGCAGCUGAACGCUUUUCAACAAGCACAUCGAGUUGCGUAAUUGAUUUGACAUCAGAGUAA